UAUUAUGAACAAAUCCUAUUGUCUUUGUAUUAUAUUGCAUUAAAAUAACACGCUGAGCAUUGUUUUUAGCUAUCUUUUAGCCUUCAACUGACAAUUGCAAUAAAAAUUCAGGUGCUUAGAGUAGGUUUUGCAGAGAAGCAGCACCCAUUUUCUCUCUGACAGCAUUAAUACAGGGCUUCACACUGGGAGCAUGGUGGCUUUACAUUGUCAGUAAGGCUAACGAGUAAAAGACAGGCAGUUUUUGCAAAGCUGGAUUGCGAGUGUGAUGAUUCAUGUCAACUCUUUUUAUUUAUUUAUUUCUUGAGACUGAGUCUCCCUGUGUUGCCCAGGCUGGAGUGCAGUGGUGCGAACACAGCUCUCUGCAACCUCUGCCUCCUGGGUUCAAGUGAUUCUCCUGCCUCAGCCUCCUGAGUAGCUGGGAUUACUGGCAUGAGCUACCAGGCCUGGCUAGUUUUUGUAUUUUUAGUAGAGACAGGGUUUCACCAUGUUGGCCAAGCUGGUCUUGAACACCUGACCUCAAAUGAUCCGCCUGCCUCAGCCUCCCAAAGUGCUGAGAUUACAGGCUAAAGCCACCAUGCCCAGCCACUUCAACUCUUUAAUCAUUAAAAAAAACAGUAUUUGGCCGCCGCCAUUUUAACGUUUUGUCAGAUGUGUCUGCGCCGGGAGGAGGCCCUGCUGAUUUCUGUGUGCGCUCUUGUCAGGAGGGUGAAGGUGUUCAUCGGAAAUCUGCCCCAGGAGGCCUCAGAGCAGGAGAAGUGCUCUAUUUUAGAGCAGUAUGGGAAAGUGCUGGAAUGUGACAUCAUUAAGAAUUGCGGCUUUGUGCACAUAGAAGACAAAACUGCAAUGGGAGGUGCCAUGCGCAGCCUGCACCAUUACACGCUUCAUGGGAUGAACAUCAACGUGGAAGCCAGCAAGAAAAAGAGCAAAACCUCAACAGAGUCGCAUGUGGCCAACAUCAGUCCCUCCUGAACCAAGAAGCUUCCAGCCAAGUUUCAGGAGUAUGGUCCGGUCACCAAAUGUGACAUCGUGAAAGAUUAUGCUUUCGUGCACAUGGAGCGGGCAGAGGAUGCAGUGGAGGUCAUCAGGGGCCUUGAUAACACAGAGUUUCCAGGUCGGAUGUGUGUGGGCUGAAAUUCCGAGCUGCAGUUGUGCACGAGAAUACACUCUUGGUGGUACCCCAUCUCCAGGACCUUCUUGGCUCUGUGCGUUCAGUCCCUGGGGAACCGUGGACCUUAUCUUACCUUGCUAAGUUCAGACCUUUUCUUCUUUUCCUUUCCUUUCCUGCCCAUUUUUCUGUUCUUCUGUCCUUGAAUACUUCUGUAGCUUCCCAUUCAUGUUCUGUUCUCCCAGCAGGCCUCAUUGUGUGCCGAAAUUGUGGUGGGGGCUGUGCUGUCUCUUCCCUGCCUCCUACCUCCUGUAGCUGUUGGAUUUGGGAAUGACCUUGGUGACAGUCUCACUGCCCCUGGGUCUCUUUUUGGUCCAAAAGCUAGACCUAUAGAGUUGGAUCACUUUUUUCUUUCUAGUGAAAUAAACGGUUUUUCAACUU